AUGGCCCACGUCGACGACAAGGCCCGGUACUACCUGGAGCGGGCGGUGCCCCAGCUCCGCGAGUUUGAAGCCAAGGAGAUUUUCUCAAAGGACGAAAUCCGGACACUGGUCCAGAAACGCACGGAAUACGAACGCCUCAUCCUGUCUCCCGGGUCCAGCCCCGCCGACGUCCUCGCCUACAUUGCCUGGGACCAGUCCCUCGACGAUUUGCGAGCCAAGCGCUGCCGCCGCCUCAAGAUCAAGCAGUCGACCAGCUUUACCAGCCAGGGCCGCAUCUUCCAGACGUUUGAGCGCGGCGUGACCAAACACCCAGGCAGUUUGCUGCUGUGGCGCAAGUACCUCGAGUAUGCGGCAGCCGCCAAGGCCACCAAGCGCUGGCGGCGCAUCAUGACGCGGGCGCUGCGCAUGCUGCCGAGCGAGGGCGGGCUGUGGGUGGUGGCCGGCCGCAAGGCGUGGCAGGACGGCGACAUGGAGGGCGCGCGGGGCCUGUUUAUGCGCGGGUGCCGGUUCUGCACGACCGAGCCGCUGGUGUGGCUCGAAUACGCACGGCUGGAGAUGGAGUGGCUGGCGAAGCUCGAGAAGAAGCGGGGGACGCCGCUGUACAACGCGAGCGUGGCGGCCAUUGCGGCCGACGCCGCCGCGGGCUCGGCAACGAGCAAACCGCGGAAUGUCUACGAAGAAGGCGAGGGCAUGGCCCUGCACGAAGGCGACACCGACGACGAGUCUGACGACGACGAGGGCGAUUUCAGCAACAACGCCAUCCUACCAAAGUCGAUGAUCGACGACCCGCUGGCCAAGAACAAGAAGGCCGCCGUGUUCAGCGACGAGACCGUCGAGAAGCUGCAGGCCACGCCGGCGCUUGAAGGCGCCAUCCCGCGGGCCAUUUUCGACGAGGCUGCCAAGCAGGCCUUUUUCAGCGCGGACGCUGCCGAGUCCUUUUUCGACCUGUUUGCCCUUUUUGCCGCGUCCGUGCCCACCGCGCAGCCGAUGCUCGUGGCGCACGUUCUGUCGACGCUCGACGCAAAGUACAAACAAGACGCCGCCACGUGGAACUGCCGCGUCAAGAACUGCGUGCUGGGCCUCAACCCCGACGCGCCAGCGUUCCCGCGGGCGCUGCGGACCGCGUUAACAACGCUGCGCGAGGGCCUGGACAAGGCCACCAACAAGGCCAAGUUUGCAGCCAAGAGCGCGGCGUGGAUCGAUGUGCUGCUGGUGCGCAAGGAGGACGAGCUGGACCCCAGUCUGCGGGCGAUUCUGGAAGACACGCGGCGCAAAGUCGAGCGGGCAGGCGAGGCGGCUGCCGAAGCCAAGAAGCUGUUAUGA